AAAAGUUAGCAUUAGCACGCUGCCCACCAUAGACAAAAAGAGGGAGGAAGUUUGUGAGUGAUCGAUUUUACGCCGGCCUCAUACAUAAACUUCCCAACGGCAUUUUUCUUUGUUUGCCAAAACACGCGUGGAUAUAUCAAAACAGCCGCGUCCCCGCGUAGAGUAAACGAAAAUGGCGAACACGUUUCGCGGGGUGACGGUGUCGACCGUCAACAGUGAUGGCGCGUUGACGCCUCGGUUUAAUUUUCCAACAAAUGUAAACGUGGACUACGAUCCGCAGGGUUUGAGUGUGAAAGUGAUUCGUGCGGACCCAGUGCUUGCGCAGGAGGUGCUAGAGUUCCCGGUGCACAGCCAAAGUGAGUGUUCCCGCGUGGCCGGCCAAUCUUACAUCUUCACUAUUGACAAUGAAACGUUGUUCUUCAAGUUCGCGUCUGACGCGGAUUGUCAGAACUUUCAUCUGUUGGUCAGUAAGAUUAAGGCGGGGCGCUCUUCGUCGGUGUUCACCGUGCGUACCGAAGACUCGUCGGCGAUGCAAUAUUUCCAGUUCUACGGUUACCUAAGUCAGCAGCAAAACAUGAUGCAGGACUACGUCAGAACGAGCACUUACCAGCGCGCCAUACUGUCCAACGUGAACGAUUUUAAAAAUAAGGUUGUAUUGGACGUCGGGGCAGGGUCGGGCAUCCUGUCGUUCUUCGCGGCGCAGGCCGGCGCUCGCAAGGUGUACGCGGUGGAGGCCAGUAACAUGGCGCACCACGCUCAAGCGCUAGUCAGAGCCAACGGGCUCCACGACCGCAUCACAGUCAUUGCGGGCAAGAUCGAGGAGAUUGAAUUGCCCGAGAGUGUAGAUAUAAUUAUAUCCGAGCCAAUGGGUUAUAUGUUAUAUAAUGAGCGUAUGUUAGAAACAUAUCUUCAUGCUAAGAAGUGGUUGAAGCCCAACGGUAAUAUGUAUCCCACGAGAGGAGACCUCCACAUAGCACCGUUUACAGAUGAUGCGUUAUUUAUGGAACAGUAUAAUAAAGCUAACUUCUGGUACCAGACUUGUUUCCAUGGGGUGGAUUUAAGCGCGCUUCGUACUGCAGCCAUGAAGGAAUACUUUAGACAGCCAAUAGUUGACACAUUUGAUGUACGCAUUUGCAUGGCGCGGUCAGUGCGGCAUGUUGUUGAUUUCCUCAAUGCACACGAAACAGAUUUGCACAGGAUUGAAGUACCAUUCAGAUUUGAGCUGACACAGUCUGGAACGUGCCAUGGUCUUGCUUUCUGGUUUGAUGUGCUAUUUGCGGGAGCUACACAGCACAUCUGGCUGUCUACAGCACCAACUGAACCUCUUACACAUUGGUACCAGGUGCGUUGUUUGUUAGAAACACCAAUAUUUGCAAAACAAGGCCAAGCGCUCACAGGGAGAGUAUUACUGCUGGCAAACAAGAGACAGAGCUAUGAUGUAACAAUGGAAGUGAAUCUGGAAGGCACUAAUAUAUCAUCAUCAAACACUCUGGACCUGAAGAACCCAUACUUCAGGUACACGGGGGCUCCGGCCGCGCCGCCCCCUGGCGUGAACAACGCGUCGCCGAGCGAAACCUACUGGAACUCCGUGGACUCUACAGCAUCCCUAAGCAACGGGCAGGUGAUUCUCACUGACGGUACACAGCAGUACUGUUCCACUCCAGACCAGACUAUAACAUAUGGAACACACCCCAACAUGAUCAAGACGGUAAUGCUGCAGGAGGAGUUCAUCAAGAGGAUUGGGAUUAGUCAAAAUGGGGAUAUAUAAUCCGCGAAGAUGCGCCGAGCGCGCCUUAGGGCUAUAAGAAACCCGUCGCAAUCGGGUUGUGAACUAUCUUCCCGGACUUGAGUAGUGUUAAGCGGACUUAUUUAUUCAACAUCACAGUGCUGAAAUCAUGACUUAUUACGCCUUCUAAGUGAAACAUGCAAUAAGAAACUUUUGUAUAACUUUUUGGUGUCAGUUUUGGACAAAUAUUUUUGCAACAGACUGUUAGCCAGUGAUCAUGGGCCCGAGAGCUCUGAAUUAAUUUGAUAGACUAUUGUACUUAUGGAUUUUGCUGUCUGUAUACAAUGGAAAUUUGUUCUGUCUAAAGGUGGACAUGCAGAGCUUUGGACUUGAUUGACAAAUGUAUUAUGUACAUGAAUAUUUUCCAUCUGAUAUAUUUUGAGGCUUAGCAAUAAGUAGUGAAUGAUUAACAUUAGAAUUAUUAAAUAUUUUUUGUAAAUAUAUUGCUAUAUGCAAACAGACAGGAAGGCAAAACUGCACCAAAAAGAUUUAAGUUAGGCUAAAGAGCUGCGGCAGCUCUGUAUGAUUAUUUUAGUAAAGUACAGUUUAAGAGUUAAGUGCUGAACAUUUAAUGAUAAUGCUUAUCAUUGUCAAUACUCAUUUAUCAUUAAAUCUGGCUCAAUAGUUAGUUAGGACAGUGCCCAGUGACACCAGUUGAGAAAGCCUAGAUAUUCAGAUCCCUGUCUGCCAGUCAAAAAAUAGAUGGAUUAUAAUAUUUUUCACAGUUAUACAUUAGCCAUGUGUAAAAUUCCUUAUGUAUAUAUAGAGUUACGAGCAAGUAUUUAAUUAUUGGAUGGUAUUUUCCUUACAGUUGAUCAAAUCAGUAUUCGUUUUGUGUUCCAUUUUUACACAAUCGUAGAGUUUAGUUGACUUUGACUUGUUCCUUUCAUAAUGACUGUUGGUAAAGAUCAAAAUGUAAGUUUGCACUUAUUUUAAUCUAACCCAGUGCUAGGCUGCAUGAUAAUUAAGAAACCUGGCCAGUGUAAUGCAAUUGUCAAAGGAUUCUGCAUGUCUAAUGAAUCCUGUGAAUAAAUUUCUGAAAAUCAUUAAAUUUUGUUUCGUUCAAACCUAUUGAUUUUUACCAACAUUCACCCUAUUGGUGCUGCAUUAAUUGCACAAAAAAUGUCUUAAAUAACAAUGCUACCUCACGAUUGGGCAGACAAUUGGGUAAAACGUUUCUUUAGCAAAUCAUAAAGACUGGUUGCCGUUAUAUUUGGUACAUAAGGUUAGAGGUUUUUAAAAUGGCGCUGUGACAUUAGAACGCUUUAGACAAUGAUUGGGGGCUGGAAGGAAAGAGAACAUUCAAUUAUAUUUUAAGUGUCAUAAAAUACGUGACUUCUCAAUCGAUAGGCUUUAAAUAUCAAAUUGAUAAACUUAAUCAAUUCGUAUUAUGAUUGUCAUUCAUUACCAGACGAUUCACCAUUUAUUUUGACUCUGAUAUGUAGAUAAACAUGACUUAAAUUGGUGUAUCUCUGGUAAUGUAAUGGCGUAAUCACAACGGUUCGAUUUAAUGAUAUCUACAUUAAGGUAAUCAGAAAUUAAAGCAGAUACUGUUUGAAGUUUGCUAAACUUCUGUAUAAUAUCCAUUAUGACGCUAAAAGAUAUCAUAUCUUUUGAUGAGUACUUUUGUACUUAUGCCAUGGUCUAUUUUUCAAAACAGUAUUGUCUAAAUGAGAGUUUAUGCCAAUAUAGUGUAUUCAAAGCUAGACUAUUCCUUGUCCAAGCAUUGUUAGCAUUGUGAUAUAUCAGGAAAUAAAAAGAAGCAUACAUUUAUUAUUGUUGUAUCUCUAUAUUAGCCAAUCACAACGGCCCUAUGUUUACGCACUUCGAAAGCUGCCAUGCCGUCAGCACUGAAGAACAGACUUAUUAUCACAGCUUUACUCCAUCCUUAGAUAAAAAACGUCUAUGAAUAAGGGGGAUAGUAUAUUGCAUCCCGAUAGAUUCUUAGAAAAACGGUGUUUCACAGCAGUGGCGAAAUGUGAAUAUUUCUCGAAAGGGAACUCGACACAAUAUAUCGGUACUAAUGCAUAAAUAAGGUCUGCAAAUCGUUCUAAUGAUAAUUAGAUUCUACAUAAAGGGAAGCCAGCAGGAAUCGGGUUAUAUGGACCCUUUGCCACUAUUUCACAGUGAGUUAGUCACUGUUAAUAUAAAACGAUGUCCUGAUUCCGUAUAGAUUUGAUGAUAUUGAUUUUAAACCGUAAACAUAUAAACGCAAAGUUGAAACUUCUAGAAACGUUCAACUUCCCUUGGUCCUUCCAGCCCGAUAAAAUGGCGCUGUGUAUGUCAAUCCGUUGGCAAGUCGUAAGCUUGGAUAGUCGUGUAAGAUUAAUUAGGUGAUGAUGAAUGUGAAUAAUGUACCACGAAGCCAGUCUAGCUUGCCAUUUAUAUAUGCAUAGAAAUCAUGUUAUUUUUUUCCUUUGUAAUUGACUUAGAAAUUGUAUUCCCGUAAAAUUAACGCAGUCACUGAUUUAGAAUAGUAACACAACCAAUUUAUGAAAUGCACGUUUGAGGUGAAAAUUUAUAAUGCAUGAAAUACACGACGUUUUAGUUAAAAGUUUCCAUAAUGUAACGAUACGUAAAACCUUGAGUACUUGCCAUUGAUAACCGAGUUUGUCCCGUAUAAUUUUUAGCGUGCUUUGUUCAUGAGUUUUCUAUGUAUUUAAGUGAUUAGCAUGUCAAUACAAGGUAAUGGCUUAGUCAUCGAUUUUGAUAAUAGUAUUACCGUAAAUCAUUGGCUUGGCGGCAGCGUUCUUGAAGGGUUCGAUUCAGGGUCAAGCAGAAAAUGUCUUGCUCUAGAUUAGGCGGAAAUCCUAGAUAUUAGUGUUUUCGCCCUCAAUAACAAGGAUGGCUAUGACUUCGGAGACUAAGGUGAAUAGAUGCGCGCAUACCCAUUAUGAGAUUAAGGCGUGAUCUUGAGUGUUAAAAUGGUUUGGCAUUCGAUUAAUCAGCUUAUUAGUACGGCGAAGUCAACCAUAAUUAAAUUCGACCUUAAGUCGAAUAAAAAACGGAACUACUGUGUAGUUUUAAGUGGUGAGAAGUUUCAUUGUGCUAAUAUAGACUCUAUAUGAAGGUAUAUAAGCCGCCUGUCGAAGUAAUUGUUACUACCAACCAGUCCGUGUACCAUCGGUGCUAGUCAUAAAUGUUCUGGGACUUCUGUCACGAUAAAAAGUAGUUGGAUUGUAUUAUCAAGUAUGAUGUGCUCCUACAGUCAUUUUAAACGAAAAUUGAAAUUUUAGUAAACUUUGUAAGUGAUGCGCGUGCGCACGUUCACUCUGUCCACUAAUAAUGCAGUAUAAAUUUUCAUCUCAAACGCAUUUAGCUAUAGAAGCUGAUGUAAAUAAGAACAAUUUGUAAACAUUACGUUUGGAGUUUGUUUUUUAUGAGUGCGUGGUGGUUGUGUUAGAUACUUGUGUGUCGUUGAGCACGCUUGUACGCGGUAUGAACAUUGCAUUGUCACUCCUUCCAGAAUCAUGGCUGUGACUACCUACUGCAACUGACCAGUGGCAGUGAAAUUAGGCCUAGGACGUCAAUAUUAAUGUCUUAGCCACGAGAGAGCGGUUAUGAGCAUUACAAACUAGCAUUAAUUUAUAUUGGUACAAUAUUGCAUGCAUAUUGUACGUCAGACUUAAUCGUAACAGUUUUGUGUACGAUUAUCGUACGACAAAAAACGGACGCAAUGUCGCGUCAAAGAUCAUAGCUUUUAUUUUACGCAAUGACGUGCUCAACAUAUUUGUUGGCACAGUUCUUUUAGUUUCAAAUAGGUACAGUUGAUUAAUAGUCAUAAAAACCUAAUUCAUUGGGUUUUUGGCUAGUUACUUUUGGCUCUUGUUAACAUGUGUUAAAGCUGUAGAAUCAGAAGCUCGCAGUAUAAAAUAAUUAAUAGGUAACAGUAAAAAAGUAUGAGAAACCAAAAUGCCAGAGAUCAGAAUUUAAAUAGCUGAAUGUAUUAAUAUCGUGUGAUCUUGAUGCUUUAGGAAACUCAUGACGUCAUCAAAGCUAUGAUUUAUUGACUGGAAGGAGUUAGGUUAGUGUAUUCGUCCAAAAGCAAUGAAAAUGAAAUGACGCGCUAUUUGACUUUGCCACUGAAGUUUAUACAGUACGGUCGGUUUGAAGUUAGUCACGAGUGGCAUGUAGCCAUCAUUACUAGAGACUAACUUGACGACAUACAGAGAGCCGGUGUUGUGACUAACUUCAAACUGAUCAUAAACUAGCGGCCGUACUGUACCUUUUCUAACUUCAUUCCGGCCAAUAUAAAAGGCGCGCAUUGUAAAUUGUAUUUCGGUUUUAAUGUCGUGUGUUCACAUAAUCUGUUUAUAAAAUGCAGUUUUUGAUUUAC